UCCAAUCUUGACACUCAAACCAAUAAGAAUAUGACAUGUCAAAAUAAUCAGCUGGGUUUUACACCCACUUGAUUACACCUCACUGCCUUUAUCCCCUAAAAAUAAAACCCUAAUUCACUUCUUUUUUCUAUAUUUAACUUACUGUCUUCUACUACUAGUAGAAUUUUGAGAGAAGCUAAAACCUAAAACCCUUUACCAGAAAGAAAAAAAAAAAAAGAAAAAAAAAAAGAAAAAAAAAAAAGAAAACCCAAAAUCAAAAUUUAACCGAACCUUUAGAAAGAAUUCACCUUUCCUAUCUUAUCCCAAAUUUCUAAUUUUUUUCUCUGGGCUGUAACUUUUUUCUCUUAUUUUUUUCUUAAAAUUAUUGCCUUGGACAUGGAAAUUUCAACCUUACCGGAAAAUUCAAGAAGUGGCGUCGCCGCAACCGGCAACCGUGAGAAUGAGGAGAAUGAAGAGAGGGUUAAAGUUGAAGAGGCUGACCGUUACUUAAUGGGCAAUAGGUGGCCAAGGCAAGAAACUUUAGCUUUGUUAAAGAUAAGGUCUGAUAUGGAUUUUGCAUUUAGAGAAGCUGCUCUUAAAGCUCCUCUUUGGGAUGAGGUUUCCAGGAAAUUAAGUGAGCUUGGUUACAAUAGAAGUGCCAAGAAAUGCAAGGAAAAGUUUGAGAAUAUUUAUAAGUACCAUAGAAGAACAAAGGAAGGUAGAUCCGGCAAGGCGAAUUGCAAGUCAUAUAGGUUUUUUGAGCAAUUAGAAGCUUUAGACAACCACCAAGUGCUCCUUUCAUCUUCAUCCCCGGAUAAGGUGCACUCUUCCACAGUUGCAUUCGCGGUAAACCCAGUAAAUGUUGUUCCAAGUUCUAUUCACAGCCCUAAUAUGAAUUUUGUUGAUAAUCCCUCUACCUCUAGCACCUAUAGUUCGAGUGAAGAAUCAGAAGAAACACAGAAGAAGAAAAGAAAAUUAAUGGAGUUCUUUGAGAGGUUGUUAAAAGAAGUGAUUGAAAAGCAAGAGAGUUUGCAAAGGAAGUUUCUAGACGCAAUAGAGAAGUGUGAACAAGAUAGGAUGGCAAGAGAAGAAGCAUGGAAGAUGCAAGAAUUAGAUAGGAUUAAGAGAGAACGUGAAUUGUUAGUUCAAGAGAGAUCAAUUGCAGCUGCGAAAGAUGCAGCUGUGCUUUCAAUUUUACAGAAGUUCUCAGACCAAGCUAGCUCAGUGCAAUUGCCUGAGAAUCAAAUAGUUCAAGUGCAACCGACUGAGAACCAAGUAGUUUCUAUAGAGAAAGUAGUGAAAGCACAGGAAAAUAAUAAUGUUGAGAAUUAUGUUCAGCUGGGCUCAACAAGAUGGCCUAAAGAAGAAAUUGAAGCAUUAAUUAGGCUGAGGACUAAUCUUGAUAUACAAUAUCAAGACAGCGGGCCAAAAGGGCCUCUGUGGGAAGAGAUAUCAGCAGCAAUGAAAAAGCUUGGAUAUAAUAGGAAUGCGAAGAGGUGCAAAGAGAAAUGGGAGAAUAUGAACAAGUAUUUCAAGAGAGUAAAAGAGAGCAAUAAGAGAAGGCCUGAUGACGCGAAGACUUGUCCUUAUUUUCAGCAGCUUGAUGUUCUAUAUAGACAGAAGACAAGGAAAGUUGAUAAAUCGGUUAUUUCUGGUCAAGAGUUGAAGCCUGAAGAACUUCUAAUGCAUAUGAUGGUUGGACAAGAAGAACGACAGCAGCAGGGAUCAGCAACAACAGAGGAAGGAGAAAGUUUAAAUGUCGACCAAAAUCAAGAAGAUGAUAGAGAAAAUGACAAUGAGGAUAAUUUUCGAGUUGUUGCUAAUGAUCCCUCUUCAGUGGCAAUGAUAGACUGAUUAGACAAGAGGAUGCUGCUAUCUUUUAAGACCUAAACGCUGUCUGGUUUGUUCUGAAAUUGUGGUCAGAGCCAUUGCGGAGACCUUUUCACGGUUUUAUAAGCAUAUUUAGAUUGAAGUCCUUAGAUGAACCUACACGAAGGCGUAUGAUUGAACAUGAUAUCUAUAUCUAUAUAUAUAUGUAUAUUGUCAUUUUUUGUUGAAUAAAUGUAUCACAGAUGAAGAGAGAGUAGCAGAAUUAGAAUAAGCAGGUUGAUCUGUAACAUAUAAUUAAUAUACUUUUUUCGGUUUUGGCAGUUCA